AACAUAGUAUCACGUUGAGAUUGUUCAGUCCACAUUCCUCUUUAACUAAUCUAAAAACUUUUAACAUCUCGAUUUAAAGUUUCUUUCGCAGAAUUAGUUGUAAAUUAAAAAUGAAAGCAUUGCGAAGUAAUAACUUUUUUUUAUCAACUUAAGUUAUUUUUACUUUCAGUAUUGUGCAGUUGAGCGUUAUCUAGUAUUAGUUUGAUCAUUAACGCUAAGUUAACGACUGUGGCUAGUGUGACGGGUUAACAUUACACGCGAUGAUUGCGUAGCAAGUGUCCAUUGUUGAAUGUCAUGAUAAUCGAAAAAUUUUACAAUGAGACUACUGCUUGUGAUGUCGAUAAUUACUUCUUUAGAAGCUCUUCACUGUGAUAAAGAAUUCAAUUUCGUAGAGUUCGGAUACGAAAACGGAUACGACAUAAUAUGCCAAGGCCUCACCAAUAAGCACAUAAGUCUUCUUCAAAACAUCAGCAUAAUCAACGAACUCAGUCUCAAAAUAGAAAACUGCACAUUAACCGACGUUACAUCAAACAUUUUUCAAAACGUAGCCAACAUAAAGCACUUAUAUUUAGAAAACUCUACGUUUAGUUUUUCUCGAUCGGAAGCCAUAUUUGAAAUCGUUUGUAAAUUAGAACAGUUAACUAUUAUAAACACUAGAUUCAAACCUACUAAAAUUUCUUUGUCCAAAUUAUUUAAUUUAAAAAAAUUAAUUUUGACUAACAAUCAGAUCACCAGUAUUGAAGCUGGCGCAUUUAUAGAUUUAGGAAUGUUAUCUGCUCUUCACAUAACAGAAAAUAAACUAACAGAUUUAAAUAGCUUACCAUUAUGUGAAUUAAAAAAUUUAAGGACGUUAAACUUAACCAGAAAUCGUAUCGAGCAUUUAGAUGAAGCUUUUUAUUGCGAAACUAUAGAUAAUGAUUCAGUAUUUUACAUUAACAAUUUUAAAAGUCAAACCUCGCCAUCUGUUACUCCCAGUAUUACUUCAACAGAAUUAUACCAAAUCGAUCUUAGUUUUAACAGUAUUAAAGAUUUAAGCGUGUCAUUUGCUUUUUUAAAAUCGUUAAAAUCUGUUAAUUUACAAGGAAAUUUGUUGAGGAGAAUUAAUAGUACGUAUUUCACUUAUUUAGAGUAUUUAGAAGAUUUGCAAGUUAGUGAUAAUAUUAUAAGUAUUAUUGAUGAUAAAGUUUUCGAAAAUAAACGGUUUCUCGAAAAAAUCGAUAUUUCCAACAAUAAAAUAACAAAUAUCAAUUUUCGAUACUUAGAUUCCCUUAAAUAUUUAAAUUUACGUAAUAACUCGUUUUUACUAGAAUCUCUUUUAACUUUUAAUAAAACAAAUAAUUUGAAUAUAUUAUUACUAAGUCUUAAUAAAAUAACAGUUAUAAAACCUAAUAUAUUUAAAAAAUUAGAAUUAUUACAAACUCUAGAUUUAUCUUAUAACAAUGUUGUAUUAAUUGAUGGUUCAUUUAGAGGAUUGAUAAACUUGACGUACCUUCGGUUAAAUAAUAACAACAUCGCAACUCUACCAACUAAAUUAUUUAAAGAUCUCAAAACUUUACGAGUAUUAGAUUUAUCUCAAAACCAAAUUAAAAAUAUAGAAGAUAAUGAUAUGUUCGAUAACUUGAUCAAUUUAGAAACUUUGAAUCUUUCGAGAAACAGUUUAACUCAGAUAAAUUACGAUUUACUCCAACCUCUAGACAGUUUAACAGUUUUAGAUAUUUCACAUAACUAUGUACAUUAUAUUGAUUACGAUACUAUUAUUUCUAAUCUACCAUCUUUAUCCUUUUUCAAUAUAAGAUACAAUAAUUUAUCUUGUGGACUUUUAACUAAAAUUAUCAAUUAUCUGAAAACGAAAGGAGUUUCUUAUACAAUUCAAGAAGUCAUUGCUUCUGAUAAAGUUAACAUCGGGGGUAUAUAUUGUACUGACGAUCUAAUUAUUGCGAAAAGUAAUAAACCCGAAAAACAUGUUUUGUUCGAUAUUAUUUUAGGACUUGUCAUAGUUCUUGGGUUCGUUAUUUUAAGUAUAAUCAUCUUUAAGUCAUAUAUUUAUUUGAAAAGGAGAAGAUAUAGGGCCGAUGAGUUCGAGCUGAUUGAAGACUUCACAAUUAUCACCGGGGCAUCUCUAAUAGCUCAAACAAGUUAUCAAAACGGUUUUUGAUAAUGCGAAAAGUAUAUGAUGGAUUGAUUCAAUUGCAAAAUAUUGAGGAAAGAAAUAUGGACAAACAAAACUCUUUGUGGUAAUGUUGAUUAUAUUGUAAACAUAAAACGAAAUUGGUGGAAAUAAGACCCAUCGUACGCAAGGCUUUUUUCAACUGAAUAAAUUAUAGCUAUAGUAUUAGGUGACUGGCUAAUUCGCUUUUUUAGCAAUUAGCUUCUACUACCGACUGAGCUCUUUAUUAUUGAUUCUAGAAAUACAUUUUAAUUUUCACGGAUACAUAAAGUCCUCAAUGAAAACCAAAGCAUUCCUUUUUUUGUUACAACAUUGAUAAAUAUUUUUGAUUAUGUAGAUACUGUCCCAAAUUGAAAUAGAUGAGCUGUGAAUGAUCAUUCUAACGGUGGGCUAAAAAGUUCAUGGGCUAGUAUAGAAAAAAAUUUUUUUUAUUGUAUUAGAUUUCAUUAUUCAUUAUAGUUGCCUUCGAGGUGUUACCACAAUUAAGCAGUCAUACAAUUUUUUUAUGCCACUUUUGUAGUAGAUUUGCUUUCAGCCUAAAAAUAGACUUAGAUCUGAGAACAGGAAAAGUGGUUUGAUGCCAGUUAUGGAGAAUACGGUGGAAACGUGAACAACUCGAAGCCAAAUUGCCAUCGUUUCGAUUGAUAUGUGACAAUUUCUUGAUGAAACAGCAUUUUUUCUUCAUCUUCAAAAGGGAGCGUUUUCCCGUGAUUUCAUUCUCCAAACGCUCCAAUAACAUUACGUAAUAAUCUCGGUUUAUAAUUUUUUCAUGUUUAAGAAAUUCGAUGAAUAUUAUGCUGUGUGCAUCCCAAAAUACUGUAGUUAUAAUCUUACCAACAAUAUUUUCACGUUUUGAGUCCACUCGACUGACUAUCGAUUCGACUUCGGUAUGAAAUGAUAAACCUACGAUUGUACAGCUUCAAAAAUUGCUCAGAAUCAUCAAUUCGGUAUUGUUUUUGGUCUGGCGGCACUAACAGUUAUCUGCAUAACGAAAUAUUCAUUUGCGAUAUCUUCAGCAGGUCCUUUGAUAUCUUCAAGAGUCUCAGCUUCACUUUACGGUAAUCCGAAAUUAUUUUGUGGACCUUUUGUGCAGUUUUCGGUAAUAGCUCCUCUGGGGAAUCGUUUAAACUUAGCACUCAACAGGUCGGAAUAAUAUUUAUUUAUCCAUUUUUUCAAACGUACAAAAGCUGCUUCACUAAAAAUGCUACAACUCAUAAAUUAAUUGUACGACAGCUGUCAAAUUAAUACACGUGUCUCUUAAAGGUUAUGACUAACUGAAAAUCAUAUGGAUUUAAUACUAGUAAUUCCAUCUAUGUAUCAGCCAACGAACUAUUCCGCCCACCUAAUAAUAUAUAGAAAACUGAAUAAAAUUGUUAUAUUUCAUAUUAAACGAUUUUUAUAUAUUUUUAUGUAGAUUUGACUUUUUAUUAAAAUAUUACUUGUU